AUGAACACUCCUACUUUAUAUCCUACUACGAUCGUUAAUGAAUAUGAAUUUUCACGCAAGAAUCGUCAGUUAUGUUAUGUUCCAUCGGGAUCAUGUACUUACGCCGCAUCAGGUCUUUGGUUUGGUUUCGGUGCUGUUCCACCAGGAAAAUAUGAAUUAACCGAAUGUAAAAAAGAUGAUAAACGAAAUAUUUAUCAAUGUAAAUGUACCGAAAUUCAUUCAGAAGAAUCAGAUGAAAAGAAGGAAAAAAAAUCUCAUUCACAUUUGCAUGCUGCAAAAUAUGUUAUAAAAGAACCGGAACGAAGUUUAGUAUCGAGAAUAUUUCCACUGAGAUAUCGUCAUGCAAUUGUGACACCAAAAACAGUCGAUCUAUUCAAUGGAGAUAGAAUUACUGUAAAAAAGUAA